CUCUCUAGGAUAAUGGUUAAAAUAUUAGCACUUCAUGAUUACCUGACCAAAUUUAUAAUGGAUGCUGAAGAAAGUGGUGAUUUCACUGAAGCUUCGUAUUUUUCAAUUGAUGUUCACCCACAAAAAGCAGAUCGAAAAGCUAUUGACUGGAUUUUCCUAGUUGAUACUAUCAAUUUCUCAUUUUGGUCUGAUGAUAAAACGAAAUUCCAAGUCACGUUUCACGGAAAAAAAUAUACGGGUUACCUUGCUGCUUGUGCAUGUGUUAAUAGAGCAUUAGAAUCAAACAUAUCAAUUACUUCUGCUAAUUAUUUGGAGAAAGUGACGUGUGACGAUAUGAGAGAAAUCUUCAAAACUGAUGAUGGUAGUGAAAUCCCUUUAUUGAAGGAGCGGGUAAAAGUGAUGAAUGAAGCUGGGAGAGUGCUGAAAGAGAAAUUCGAUGGAAUGUUUUACAAUUGCGUAUUGAAAUGUGGUAAAAGUGCUAUUAAACUAGUGGAAGAUGUGGUGGAACAUUUUGAAAGUUUUCGUGAUUUUGCAGUUUACAAAGGACAAGAAGUUUCAUUUCUCAAACGAGCACAAAUCCUCGCUAGCGACAUAUAUUUAUGUAUGCACCGUAUCGACGACACAUGCAAUUUUCAUGACAUCAGUAGUUUGACCAUGUUUGCGGACUAUAGAGUACCACAAGUACUCAGUUUCCUUGGUGUACUGAAGUAUUCUCCGAAACUCAUGAAAACACUACGAGCAAACACAUUACUAGAAAAUGGCUCUGAACAUGAAGUAGAACUGCGGGCGUUUUCAAUCAAAGCUUGCGACGUUUGUCGAUCAGAAUUAAAAGAAAUAUACCAUAGUCUCACGCAGAAUGCCAUGUAUGUAGACAACUUUUUAUGGCUUUACCGACGAAAAAACGCUGCACAAAUUGAGAAUGUUGUACCAUUUCACCGAACACGAUGUAUAUAUUAUUGA